AAUUGAAUAAAGAAUGUGCAGAACCCGAUAAAUCUGCAAAUCUUGCUUUGGAUGAAACAAUUGAUGACAAGACUUUGGAAUUAACUCCUUUGGAAGAGUUUGGCCAAUUUUUAGAUGCAUGGAUCAAAAUAUCGAAAAAUGAGAUUGAUAAAAUUGCACAAAUAUAUGAAGAUGAGAAUAAGAUGUUAACUUCAGAAGUUGA